CUGGCUGCGCGCGCACUCUCCGUUUCCCUCACCUGUCCCCAGCAGCACGAGGCGGAGGUGGGGGGGGUCCUGCCCGGGAAGGUGGACCGGUUCGGGGGGGUGACCGUGGACCUGGCGGAGGCCGGACUACCGGCGGACAUCAGCGAAAGCUCCUUCAGCAAAUUACUGGAAGACUCCUUGUCCCGGUGGCGUGUGGAGGGCCGGGUGGCGGCGUGGCUGCGGGUCCCCGUCUCUCUGAGUCGCUGUGCGGCCGCGGCCGCUCUGCACGGGUUCAGCUUCCACCACGCCCGGGGGGGCGGGGCCACCAUGGCCCUCUGGAUGGGGGGCGGGGCCAGCCGGCUGCCCGGGUACGCCACGCACCAGGUCGGAGUCGCAGGUGCCGUCGUGGAUGAGUCCAACGGGAAAGUCCUGGUCGUCCAAGACAAAAACAAGACGAAGAACGCCUGGAAGUUCCCGGGUGGUUUGUCCGAUCCGGGAGAAAACAUCGGCGCCACGGCGGUGCGUGAGGUGUUCGAGGAGACGGGCGUGCGGUCGGAGUUAGGGUCAGGGUUAGAGUUAGGAUUAGGGUCAGGGUUAGGCGCCACGGCGGUGCGCGAGGUGUUCGAGGAGACGGGCGUGCGGUCGGAGUUCCGGGCGCUGCUCAGCGUGCGGCAGCAGCACGACCUGCCCGGAGCCUUCGGGAUGUCGGACCUGUACCUGAUCUGCCGCCUGACCCCGCUCAGCCACGAAAUCGACUUCUGCACGCAGGAGUGCCUGCGCUGCGAGUGGCUGGACCUGGCCGAGCUGGCCCGGACCCGGGAGACCACGCCCAUCACCAGUAGGGUGGCAAACCUGCUAAUGCGGGGGCUGCAGGACGGGUUCCAGCAGGUGGACCUGCCCAUGGAGCAACUGCCCGCCGUGCACCCCGGCAGGGUCUACCAGCUCUACCACAGACCCAUGCCCAGCCAGCCCGGGCCCAUCACCAGUAGGGUAGCAAACCUGCUAAUGCGGGGGCUGCAGGACGGGUUCCAGCAGGUGGACCUGCCCAUGGAGCAACUGCCCGCCGUGCACCCCGGCAGGGUCUACCAGCUCUACCACAGACCCAUGCCCAACCAGCCCAACAACGCUUAA